AUGAUAUUAACAAUCCUUGAUAAUGAUUUCAUUGUGUUGUCUCUUGCUCUCCUCAGCUGGGUUAUCCUUCUCUCUAUGGCUGUGGGUGUGCUCCUAGUGUUUGACCCUCUGGGCAGCCAGAGGCAGACUAAUCUGACUGAUCACUCUGGUCUGAGGGACAUGGAAAGCAGCGAAUCCUCUCAGUUCUUUUACACUGCACGCACGCUGGCCACGCGGGUGUGGGAGAGUCGGCUACGUCUACUGUGCUGCUGCCUGCCACAGGACGAUAACCAUCGCGCAGCCUUCUCUAGCAUCGCCCAGCUCGUCAGCAGCUUCUUCAUGGAUACAGACCUGGUGCCCAGUGACAUCGCUGCUGGUCUGGCCCUUCUACAUCAGGAACAGGAUAAAAUGGAGUACUGUAGAGACCCUGAUGAGAUUCUGCCUCAUAGCCCUUCCUCCCCCAUAAGAGAAGAUCUGGAGGUCGAGCUUGAGAAAGCUGCUCACUGUAUGCAGUUCGCUGCAGCUGCAUACGGCUGGCCAAUGUACAUCUAUUCUAACCCGCUCACUGGAAUUUGCAAACUCAGUGGAGAUUGCUGUCGAAACCGUCAUGCAGAGUACGACUUAGUGGGAGGAGACAACCUCGGCUGCCAUUUCACCUCCAUCUUACAGAGCACAGGGCUGCAGUACAGAGACUUCAUCCACAUCAGCUUUCACAAUCAGAUCUAUGAGAUCCCAUUUUUCGUGGCAUUGGAUCACAAAAGGGAGGCGGUCCUGGUUGCUGUGAGGGGAACUCUGUCACUCAAGGAUGUGUUGACAGACCUCUCCGCUGAAUGUGAGAAUCUGUCUGUUGAAGGCAUGUCAGGAACCUGCUAUGCUCACAAGGGCAUUUCUCAAGCCGCAAACUACAUAUACAAGAAACUUGUCAACGAUGGUAUUUUGAGCCAGGCGUUCAACAUUGCACCAGAGUAUAAGCUGGUGAUCACGGGACACAGUCUCGGUGCAGGAACAGCAUCAUUGCUAGCUGUACUUCUACGCAGCACACAUCCCACUCUGGAGUGCUAUGCUUUCUCUCCACCAGGGGGCCUCAUGAGUAAAGCACUAGCUGAUUACUCAAAGCAGUUUGUCAUCUCAGUGGUGCUUGGAAAAGACCUUGUGCCCAGAUUGAGUAUUCCAAACAUGGAAGACUUAAAAAGAAGAAUAUUAAAAAUGGUAUCUAAUUGCAGUAAACCCAAGUACAAGAUAUUAAUGCAUGGCUGCUGGUAUGAGGUGUUUGGAGGAACCCCUGAUGAUUUCCCCACGGAGAUGGAGAACCGGCGGGAGGAGGAGCUAAAUCAGCCGUUGCUAGGCGAGGAGAGCCUGUUGGUUCAGCGUUCAUCCACUUAUCAGAGCUUGUCAUCUGAUGACUCGCCCACACACCCCACCCACUUACCCCUAUACCUGCCCGGUCGUGUCAUGCACAUCACAGAAGAGGGACCCACACGCAGACACUGUUUCUCCCAGGCAAGGUACCGUGCUGAGUGGUCUAGUGAGACGGCGUUCCGUAAUGUUCUGAUCAGCCCGAGGAUGAUUGCUGAUCACAUGCCUGAUGUGGUUCUCCGGGCCCUGCGCAGUCUCACCCGUGACCGUCCAUUUGCUCACUGCACUUCUUCCAUGAGCAGCAGCCACCUGAAUGUCAUUUGAGCAGAGGAUGCCUGGAGCCUUAUCUUUACAUGCACAAGCAGACUGCAAGGAGCACAACUUUACUGGACUCCCCUCAGUCAUUUUACUUAGAGCGGUUCAGCUCUUGCCUAUUUAUUUCUGUACUGUAAUGUGAAUAUUUCUUUUUAAUUUUUGUAAUUUGUUCAAGUUGAGCGAUUGCGACUUAAAGAGGAAAGUAAUCGGUAUUAGCUUUGCAAUGGUGGUGUGCUGUUUUGUGAUGUAUGUCAGCGACAUGUAAUAAGAAUAUCAGAGUGAACAGUACCUCGCCUAAAGUGAUUAAAGAUGAUACAGACUGAUUAUAGAUCAGUAAAAGACAUCCUCAGUAUAAGAUUUGGAUGCAUGGCUUCAAAUGCAUGGAAAUAUUUCAAGAGCUUCAAGUGUGUCUGUUCAUUUAAUCCAUUACACCCGUUUCAAUUUGUUUCAGGUAAUAUAUGCAUUUUAAAAAAAUAAAUAUGCUGAGGAGAAAUAGGUCUGCUCCGUUACAUGUUGCAACAAUGACACAAUAAAAUUACAUUUGAG